AUGGGACUGGACUUUGAUGUUAAGACUUACUGUCACAAUCUAAGAGCCUCAAAGCCUCCAUAUGAAUGUCCUGUGGAGUCUUGCAAAAAGAAGAAGCGGAAAGGCAGGCCUCCCCGCAUGCCUCUGCUUGGCUCAGGCGAACUUGAUGAUAGUGGAGGUAUAGGAGGAGGUCUUGGGCCUGAAGGCGACAGUCCAGGAAGUCCAAGUAGAUCUGAGCCUUCUCACUCUCCAAGCAGAGACACUAUGACCUAUGCUCAAGCUCAACGCUUGGUGGAAUUGGAAAUUCAGGGUCGGGUUCAUCGCAUUAGCAUCUUUGAUAAUAUUGAUGUUGUGUCUGAGGAUGACAGCGAUGCAGAUGAUGCUCCAGCGUCUGGGGCUGGGGGAAGCGGUGGAGGCGUCUGUAAUGGAAGUGAUGGCGGAGCUGGCGGGAGUGAAAUGGGAAGUAGUAGUAAGGAACGCAGUGACAUUCAGUCUUCAAAUGGCGGCAAAGCAACUCCAAAGUCUGGUAAACAUAAAAGUAAAGAAAAGAAGCGAGAGUCUUCAUCACACUAUCACAGUGCUCAAUCUGGGCCAGCUGUGAAGCUCCCUGAAGCAGUCUUUCGAGAAUUGGACCAAGACAGACCAGAUGCCCCUCCGCGACCAUGUUCGUACUACAGGUACAUUGAAAAGUCAGUGGAAGAGCUGGAUGAAGAAGUAGAGUAUGACAUUGAUGAAGAGGAUUACAUUUGGCUCGACAUCAUGAACGACAAGCGCAGACGAGACGGUGUUACUCCAAUUCCUCAGGAAGUGUUUGAGUACCUUAUGGAUCGCUUGGAGAAAGAAUCUUAUUUUGAAAGCCACAAUAAAGCAGAUCCGAGUACCUUGAUUGAUGAGGAUGCUGUCUGCUGCAUCUGUAAUGAUGGCGAGUGUCAGAACAGCAAUGUAAUCCUCUUCUGUGACAUGUGUAACUUGGCUGUACAUCAGGAAUGCUACGGCGUCCCCUACAUUCCAGAAGGACAGUGGUUGUGCCGACGCUGCCUGCAGUCUCCGAGCAGAGCGGUGGACUGUGCGCUGUGUCCCAAUAAAGGAGGGGCCUUUAAACAAACUGAUGAUGCGCGCUGGGCACAUGUCGUUUGUGCUCUCUGGAUUCCGGAGGUCUGUUUUGCAAACACUGUGUUUCUGGAGCCUAUAGACAGCAUUGAGCACAUCCCUCCUGCUCGCUGGAAACUCACUUGUUAUAUUUGUAAGCAGCGUGGUUCUGGAGCUUGUAUCCAGUGCCACAAAGCCAACUGUUACACCGCGUUCCACGUCACCUGUGCCCAGCAGGCCGGCCUCUAUAUGAAAAUGGAACCUGUCCGAGAAACUGGCGCUAAUGGCACUUCUUUCAGCGUCCGAAAAACGGCCUACUGUGACAUUCACACUCCCCCAGGAUCAGCUUUACCUUUGGGGGGUGGUGGUCCUGGCAGCGCUGGGUCCUCUAACAGCGAAGGAGAACUGGAGGAGGAUGAUGAGCCCAGUAUUGGCCCAGAUGAGGACUCGAAAGGCUGGAGCUCUGAAAGAGCCAAGAGGGCAAAAGCAAAAUCAAGGAUUAAGAUGAAGAGGGCAAGGAAGAUUUUAGCCGAGAGGAGAGCAGCUGCGCCGGUGGUUUCUGUGCCCUGCAUACCUCCUCAUAGGCUGAGCAAAAUUACCAGCAACUUGACGGUACCACGUAAAAGUCAGUUCAUGCAGCGACUUCAUAGCUACUGGACCCUGAAGAGACAAAGUCGUAAUGGAGUUCCUCUGCUUCGGAGACUUCAAACUCACCUGCAGUCCCAGCGCCAUGUAGAACCUACACCCCCACAACCACCACCACAGCUCCCACCUGUUUUACAACGGGACACGGGGGAGAAUCAAGGGGAAUUAAAGGAACAGCUGAAAGCCUGGCAAAGACUGCGACAUGACCUGGAGCGGGCCAGACUCCUGGUGGAACUCAUACGAAAAAGAGAGAAACAUAAAAGGGAAACUAUUAAAGUCCAACAGAUGGCACUGGAGAUGCAGCUCACUCCCUUCGUUGUUCUUCUGAGGAGCACAUUGGAACAGUUACAAGACCGAGACACCAAUAACUUUUUUACUGAGCCUGUUCCUCUGGCAGAGGUUCCUGACUAUCUGGAUCAUAUUGACACUCCAAUGGACUUUCAGACUAUGUGGAAUCUCUUGGAGUCUCAUCGCUACCUCACUUUUGAGGCCUUUGAAGGGGACUUUGGACUCAUUGUGAACAACUGCCUCAAGUACAACGCCAAGGACACCGUGUUUUACCGCGCAGCCUUAAAGCUCAGAGAGAUGGGAGCCUUUGUUUUAAAAGCUGCAAGGCGACAAGCAGAGCGCAUCGGCUUCGACUAUGAGACCGGACUGCACCUGCCACGAGACUUAAGCCCAGAGAGUCAGCGAGAACUGGAACGAGACCAAGAAAGAGCCAGGGAGCGCGAGAGGGCACGGGAAGCAGAGCGCCUCGCCUCAAAUGAAGAGGAUAUGAUUUUGUCCGAUAACAGGCGGCGUUUGCCUCUUGAAGAGCAGCUGCAUUAUCUCCAGGCUCGACUUGACGAGGUCAACUCUGGGAAGCACAGUAUUGGGCAAUCCCGCCGCUCCAAAGCCCUGAGAAAAGAGAUCAGCGUCAUCAAGAGGAAAGUGGCCCAGAGAGAAGGCAGCUCGCUUUUAGGAGGGCGAGACUCGCUAGGCGGCAGUGAAAGAGGCUCUCUUACGCAUCACGUCUCUGGAGGAGGGCACCACGAUGAGGGCGGAGAGAGCAGCAGUCAGGAAAUUGGAGGGAAAGCUCCUGAGGUGGGUCGGCGAACCUCUGUGCUUUUCUCAAAGAAAAACCCAAGAAUGCCUCCUAAAAGACCAGGUCGACCUCCAAAGAACCGGGACGCUGGUUAUGCUGGGGCAGGUGUGAGCCCAAGUUCAAUCGGCCCUCCACAGCUGCCUCUACUUUCCCCGUCCAGGGCCCGCAAGAGGCCCCGCAGCCCCCACACCAGCUCCAGCUCAGACAGCGACAGCGACAAUGAUGACCUACUUCCAGGGCUGCCUAGUAAUGGCUUUGAUGGAGGAAACCAGCCGGUCACAGAGAGCUUCAGAGUGUACAGAAAUGAGCGCUGCCUCCCACGGUCCAGCUCUGACUCUGAGUCCACCACCAGCAGCAGCAGCAGUGCCGCCUCCGACAGAACAAGUACAACCCCUUCAAAGCAGGGCAGAGGGAAAGCAUCAUUCCCUCGUUCGGCUUUUCCGGAGGACAGCAGCGAAGAAACAUCCGGCACAGAAAACGAUUCGUAUUCUGUUGGAGGAUCGCGCAGUGUUUCCCAUUUGGUGCGAGGUCGGGCCAGGUCUUCCUGUUGGAUGAGUUCUGAUGAUUAUUCCUCUCUAGAAGCUCUGGACCUGGUCUGGGCCAAGUGCAGAGGAUACCCAUCAUACCCAGCUCUGAUAAUUGACCCAAAGAUGCCGCGGGAGGGGGUUUUCCAUCGAGGCGUCCCGAUUCCUGUGCCUCCGUUGGAUGUGCUGAAACUCGGUGAACAGAUGACCCAGGAGGCGCGGGAGCAUCUGUUCCUGGUCUUGUUCUUUGACAACAAAAGAACCUGGCAGUGGCUCCCUCGCUCCAAACUUGUACCGCUCGGAGUGGAUCAGGAUCUGGACAAAGAGAAGAUGCUGGAGGGACGCAAAUCCAACAUCCGCAAGUCUGUGCAAGUGGCGUACCAUCGAGCUAUGCAACACCGCAGCAAGGUCCAGGGCGACCCCAGCAAAAUCCUGGUUGAACAAAGGAUUGCAUUUCCAUCACUUCAGUGGAAUGAAGGCGCUAUGGCCGGGGCCGCGUUGGCUUUUGUGGUCUCUGUUUCUGUGUUUACGCUGCCACAGUCCGACGCUUACGUCCAGUGUCCACCAGGACUUACCUUCCCAAAGUUCAACUACACGUUAAAUGCCUCUGCCAAAACUGUUGCCAUCCAUGUGGAACCAGGAGCACCCGUGCAUGCAGACUUCUUAUACAAAAAAUGGCUGCAAAAUAACAGAACGCAGAUAAACGGUAGAAGAUCUGGCCGCAGAGUUAUUGUUAAUCCGGCUGUGUCUCAAACACAUGUUUUAAGAGUUGAUUACUGGUUGCCUUGUCUUUGUGUUGAGGUUUACUACACCUGCACGGACAGCACUAGAUCACUCAAUUGUGUUUUGACAAAAUCAGGUAUGCUAGAUGUGAAUGAUGUCUGGAGCUCCUCAGCGGUGAAACUGCAAUCAAACAGUUUAUCAAUGACAUAUCGGUGUGGUUUUGAUGCUACUAAUGCAGAGAUAUCUACUGCCCUCUGUUGGAAACAUGGGCGCUACUGCACUGUUGUGUUUGACCUCUCUUUGGUGAAACUAAAGCAUGAGGAAUAUAACCUUUCAGCCGUUGACAAACACCCCCAUAUGUGUGUAAAGCGGUCAUUACGGGGAAACCACAAUAUUACAUGCCACUUUAAAUCUGGAAUGUCUUCAUGGAUGUUUGAUAUUGAUCUACGGAAUCGCAGCAUAUUUAUUAACAUCAACUCUACUGCCCCAGCCAAAUUCUCAGUUCAGUUGUGUAAGCUGAAUCAGAAUACUUGUGCAUCAAUGGGACCCAUUAUAUCCCUAAAUACAAAGCUGUCAAUAGCAACUAUUCAACUCCCAGUUUUGUCCCUGGAGGAGAAGCCAUGUGUUCAGGUAUGGCAGUCGGAGCCAGCUCUUUAUGGGAGACGAAUUAUCUGCCCUGACUAUAUGAGGCGAAGAUACGGCCUUUAUGCUGUGGCUGUUUUAGUAUGUGUGAUGAGUGUUACUACGAUGGGGAUCUGCUUUCACCUUUUGACCAACAAGGGUACUGCAGGUUGGCUUUACAUCCAAAGACCCAUAUUGCUUGUGUGCACAUCUGAAGACGCCAUCCACAUCUCUACAGUUUGUUCACUGGCCUCCAUUUUGCAAGGGGAGCUGGAUGCCACUGUACAUUUGGCAUUAUGGGGCCAGCGUGGGACUCGUGUGGUGGACGUGGGACCACAGCCAUGGUUGUACGGAGUGUGGAGCUGGAAACCUGAGCAGGACUGUGUGCAGGGCGGAGCCCUCCUCCACGAUGACAUGAUCCGGGACAGGGCAAAGUGUGGGGCCCGAGUGUGGAGAGGUUUCCUCAGACGUGGGCACCAUGCCACGCACAGGGGAAGGGUCUCGGCACAGUUUGGAAGUCCAUGGACUAAAGCACUGGAUGUGAUUGAGGACUCACCUGAACUCACCUGCAGCCUGGGAUUGCAGGACUGUAAAAUCUUUUCAGAGUCCGUGUAUGAAGCGGAUCCCGGGAGUCUGGUCGGAGUGUCAGAGGUGGAUGUGAGAGCUGCUCUCUGCUGCUCCAGGGCACGGCUCUGUGGGCCCUGUCUGCAGGUCUCCGUCAGCCUCACAGAGGCAAUGGAUGACUUGGAGCAGUCUGGAGACACCAGCCUGCACAAGGCAGUGGAGACGAGUGGACUUUCUAUGUAUCAAGAGGAACUGGUCAAAAUCUGUUUCAGUUCUCCGGGCUUUGGAGACUUGUGCAAGAGAGUACAGUUUACUUUCUCCAGAACAAAUGUCUCGACUUCCACAUAUGAGUUACUGUUAACAGAAAAGGCAACUUUCGGUUCUCCGAUUUUAGUGCGUGUCCUGGCAGCUUUGAGGGAGCACAGGUGCAAUAUCACUGUUCCAUCUUUAGAAGAAGUUUGUUUUUCACAUCCGGAAAGAAAAAAAAUUGAAGAUUGUCAAAUCCCCAGUCUUCAAAUUGUGACUGAUCAGAAAAAAGCGAUCAUUCGGCUUAAACAGGAGGACAACGAGAGCAACAAGACUCUGAUGUGCCAGAUGACGUGGGACGAGGCUCCAGGAGAAAUGAUCCCAAAGUGUGAAAACAGACAAGAAAUUGUGAUAUCAUUGAAAUCUGCAGCACCGUGCUUGUGCUUCCAAGUUUGGUGGAAAGACCACAAAAUACGGAGACAAUAUUGUCCAUUCAGGAAUCAUUCAGCUGAUUCAGAUUCAGCUGUCAUGGAGAGGAUGGUGCACAGUGUGUCCUUGGCUUUGAUGGAGUCUGCGAGAGGAGGGCGAUCUGUGCUCUUCUGGAACGUGAGCGCCCCCUGUAGGCUGAAGGGGGAUGUGUGGCUGUGCAAGAAGGAAGUGGUCAGUGGAGAUUGCCAGGAGGUGACAGGGUCCAGACAAAACCUGGACGGACAAGCCGGGUGGGUUGCGACACAAAGAGAACACUGGAAAACUGGAGUGUUCAAUUUCUCGUCACACCCUCUAUUCUGUCUUCAGAUCAUUAUUGAUGGAAUACAGUCUCCCUUGGACCCCUAUUGUCCAUUUACAGUAUCUCAAUGGCGCUGGACUGUUUUACUACUUGUUGCCUUGUUGUUGCUUUCAACCAUCGGAGCUUGUUGCAUACAGGGAGCUAUUAAAGGAUUUGCACAAAGAGGGUCAAAAGAGGAGGAUGUCAAAGGGGCUGUCGGCGGUGGUCACGUGGUCCUGCUGUAUCCGCCUGAUGAUGAACAAGCCUUACCAGGUCUGAUGUGCCACUUGGGGUCAUCUCUCCAAGCGCUGGGCUGUAGUGUGUCUCUGGACUUGUGGAGUCAUGCAGAACUCAGCAUUUUGGGUCCGGUUCCCUGGCUACAUUCUCGACUGGACCAACUGCAAAGACACGGUGGCAAAGUGGUUCUUGUACUUACCCAAGCUGCAAGGAGGAAAGCAGAAGAGUGGGGAGCAAAAUCCUGGGAGAAGUUUACAACAACAGACAGCAGAUCCAGCUCAAAUUGUGUUGAUGUAUUUAGUGCGUCUUUGAGCUGUGUCCUCGCAGACUACUUACAAGGUCGAGCAGGCGAGCGCUUUAUGUUGGUGCAGUUUGAAUCUCUUCCCCCUGAAGGAGUUUGCCAGCCUCUUCCAGAACUGUUUCGGGGUCUGCAUGUCUACAGCUUGCCAUCUCAAAGCCUGGGGUUUCUCACAGAACUGGCAGGUGCAAGGCAGAUGGCUAGGUCUUCAUCCAGACGAAAGAGGGCUCAUGGACUCAGAAUGGCAUCUCGAGCAUUGGCCAGAGGUUUGUCUGGGUUCACAGCUGGGACCGCAGUGUUGAGACUGCCCCAAAGCUGUGUCGGAACAGUGGAAGAUGCCACAGAGAUGGUGCCACUUCAGCCUUACAUCAUCACACCUCCCUCCAGUCCCACCAUCAACCCCAAAGUCAGUCAGAUGGACUGGCAGUCGAAAGGGGAGCGACGCAGUGUCUUUAGCAUAAGCACCAUGUGGUGGGACUGGUCACUGCUGCCUGCUCUCGCACUUCUCUCUGAGCUCUCUGCUGUCAUGGUCCAGACUGCACCAUGUCAGACCUGUCGAAAACUCACUGACAGCUUUAUUCAGGGUUUGGAGAGAACAGCCAAUAAAAAUUUUGGUGGUGGGAAUACUGCAUGGGAAGAGGAGAAACUUGCAAAAUAUGAACGCAGCGAGACCCGAUUGCUGGAAAUUGUUGAAGCUGCUUGUGAGAAGACAGAUUUUGAAUGUAAUAAGCUUCUGGAGCAGAUCGAGGACCAAGUCGAGACAUGGUGGUUUCACAGGCAAGAAGAGGCACCAGAUGUGUUUGAAUGGCUUUGCAUAGAACAGCUAAGACUCUGUUGUCCACCGGGCCACUUCGGACCUGAAUGCAAAGAGUGUCCAUCUGGCCCAGGCGGGAUCUGCGGAGGCCUGGGCCGCUGUGAGGGAGAGGGCACUCGACUCGGGGAUGGAGACUGUGUUUGUGACCCUGGAUACUCGGGCCUCCUGUGUCAGAGCUGUGCUGACGGCUAUUUCAGAGAGAAGAGUUCAAACAACAGUGACGGGGCCUGUGCAGCUUGCUUCCACUCAUGCAAGAAAUGUUCUGGACCACAAGAUUAUAAAUGUCUUGAUUGUAAACCUGGGUGGAUUCUUCAUGACAACAAGUGUGUAGAUGUGGAUGAAUGUGGAACUGUGUUGGCCCGCUGCCCCACCAACACUUACUGCCAUAACACCGAUGGAUCCUAUGAUUGCAGAGGUUGUGACCAGGCCUGUGUUGGCUGCAUGGGGAGUGGACCAGCUCGAUGUAAAAAAUGUGCACGUGGUUACAGACUGAAAGGUGCUAAGUGCCUCGAUGUGGAUGAAUGUAGUGAGCGAGCCAUAGCGUGCCCAGGGUUAAACGAGGCCUGUAUUAAUGAAGAGGGAUCCUUUCACUGUGAAUGCGCUGAUGGCUUCAUCAGAAGAGACAGCAUUUGUGUUGAGAACAAGCCUGCAACUGAUCCAGACAAGGGACUCUUUGAUGACAUGACUGAUGAUGAGGUCCAGGUGCUGCAGCAGAUGUUCUUUGGAAUCGUCAUCUGUGCUCUGGCCACUUUGGCCGCCAAAGGAGACAUGGUUUUCACUGCCAUAUUUAUCGGAGGAGUCGCUGCUAUGGCUGGAUACUGGCUCACAGAGAAGGGCGAUGCCAUGUUGGAAGACCUUUUAAAGGGACAAUAG